AUGUUUCUCACAGUCGCUUGCACGGAUCUUAUUUCAGAGUGUCGUGUACGAAAGGAAUUUCUCACAGGUCUGACGGAUAAAGAGAAAGCGCAUUACAUCGAAACUAUCAAAAUAGCAGCCACCACCACAACUUAUAAAACAAGAUACGAAGAACUUUUAACUACUCAUCAAAGAUUAUUUUUGACAAGUAUUCACGAGAAGGACAAUUUUCUCCCCUGGCAUCGCCGGUUCAUAGUCCAAUAUGAAAAUCUUUUACGUGAAAUCGACAGCGACAUUACCGUGCCGUACUGGGAUUGGAGCCUCGUGGCCAACAAAGUUUUCGAAAGUGAUUUCUGGGCGACAAGCGGAAGUGGUUUUGGUGGAAAUGGUAACCCUUUGAAGUCGAAUUGUGUCCAGACUGGUCCUUUUCAAAAAGACAAGUUCUCGCUAAUCCAGUCUGCAGGGAGGGGCUGCCUGAAACGCAAAUUCAACAACGUAGUCCACAACGCCGCUGAAGUACAGAAACUGCUCCGCAAAACUGCUGAAAAAUUUACGGAUUUUGAAUUUUCUUUGCGCGAUGACUUUCAUGACAAUUUUCAUAUGGCCGUAGGAGGCACAAUGUCUGGCGAAAAUUCUGCUUCGGCUCCAGAGUUCUUUAUGCACCACGGUUUCAUUGAUAAAAUUUGGUCAGACUGGCAGAAGAAAGGAUCUGAGUACAAGUUCAAUACGUUUUUCAAGAACAGAGAUACAAAAAUGCCCGGCACAAAGUAUCUUCCUCGUGAAUAUUUGGACCUGCAAAAAAUGCCUGAUAAUGUCUGCGUGGUAUAUGAGGACCCGAAAAGUGAUGUAUUCAAAAACCUGCAAGGUUAG